AUGGUCCGCCAUCGAUGGACCAACCUGCGACGGGUGAAGGUGGCUCUGUGGGUGGCAGUCUCUCAGGCGGCUGCGUGGAGGGCCUUUGUGGGACAGCCACUUCGCGUGGGAAGGCCCCUACCGUCACCUGCAGGCCACAGCUGCACGGUGCUGCGUGGACUCCGAGGUUGGCUUCGACUCCGAAAAGGUCGCAAGGCCCGCAAGGAGGCCAUCCCAGUGAUCAUCCAUGAGAGCCAGGCCCAACGCGAGGAGAACGGUGACACCGAGCCUUUGGUCACUGUGGACUUGAAGGACUUGUCGAGCGACGAGGUGAACUUCAUCCUCCAAGAAGAGGCAGAAGAUGGCCUGGACAGCAACCUCACCGCUGCUGAGCCUCGCCGGGAAGGCUUCAUGAGGGAGAGCCAGUUCUGGCGCUGGACGGGUGCCUUGGGCUGGUCCUUGAACUUCAUUCUCCUCUGCUGGGCGCUCUUCCUCCGGAAGGCUGGACUCAUCGACGAGGGACAGGAUGAAGCGGUGGACUUACAAAGCUUGAAGUAUGAUACUUCGACCUAUGCAGAUCUGGUGGCCAGUCAACUCCAAGAAGAGAGAUAUGUGUCCGAGUCCAAUCGGGACAUCAGCACCGUGCUGGAAGGGCUCGGCUCCUCCUUGGAGGCGCUCCGGCAGAGGGCAGAGGAGAUUUUGAGGCCCACCGAAGAGAAGCUGCCGAACUACGACGAGGUGGUCAUCUCCCAGAAGAUCAGCGAAAUGCAGGCCGACUUAGAGGACCAGCGGCAGUUGCUGAUGAAAGAAGCUGACGAGGUCCUGCAAAAGCUUUCCCAGAAGCCCGGGAUGCUCAGAGACUUAGCAGAGAAGAUCUCGCCCAUCUUGCCCGAGCGACCGAAUCAGGGACUGCUGCCAGAGGAGUUUCCUCGCUUCCUGGAGCAGUCGGCGGUGCCGGUCAUGGCCUUUCUGACCGCGUCCUUCCUGGUGGCGGUCCUCUCGCAGCAGUUCCUCACGGUGGUCACACCCAUUUGGCGUAGGAAUGAGGAGGAGCGCAAAGCUAUGAGGGUGCGAAAGAUCCAGAAGGAUCGCUUCCAAGAAUUCACGACGUCACUCCAGGACUCGCUCGAGGACUUGGCUCAGGGGCGUUUGGCCAAGGCGGCCAAAGGCUUCGACGCCCUGGCGGCCUAUGCGGAUCGAUGGGCUUCGGAGCCCACCUGGGAGGAGCUGCUGAAAGCGGAGAUCGGAGCCUUUUGGGAACAAUGGGGUCCGCAGGCCUUUCGCUUGGAGGCCAACAUCGAGGACUGGACGGGGGUGCCUCGGUCCGGUGCGUCAGAACAGGCGGCCUGGGUGGCCGACCGCUGGUUCUCCUCGGCCAAGGCGGUGAUCCGCGACUUCGCCAUGGAUGCCGUGAAGUCCUGGGGUGAGGAAGCGAGCAAAGCUGCCGCGGCGGCGCGCGCGGCACAGCGGAGAGAGGCGACGGCAGCGGCGGAAGCCGCACGCGGCGCACGGGGCGAGUCCGGGCUGGUGAUCCGGAUCUUCGGCCGAUGGAAGGCGCCCGAGGAUUGGGUGAACAUCGCCAAUCUGCCCCUGGCGGGGGACUGGCGCGAACAAGCGCUGCGACUGCUCUUGCCGUCGGCCAAAGAUGUGCAGGACGUGCCCUUAUUGGGGCCUUUAUCGGAGCAGGCACUCACCGCAGUGGUCUCGGGUCAAGUGGCGCGUGCAGUGAAGAACUCCACCUGGGGCGCCCUGACGACUGAUCUUUGGAGAGGCUCCAGUAUCUCUUCCCAAAAGCCCUUCGAGAUCGGCUAUGAGGUGGUCGAGGUGGUGACCAAAAACAAAGAGGAGAUGUGCGCGCUGGCCCGGAACAUGCCCAAAAGUGGGACGCCGGGGCGAGUCUUCCGCGUGAAUCCGGACUUGCAGUCUUUGAUUGAGUCCUUAGAGGUGAGUGCAAGCGAAUGA